AUGACUUCCCGUGUCACAGUUCAACAGGUUAUGGGCCGCACUUCGGCUUAUAUUAAUCUUACUUCCUCUGAAAAACUCACUCCUCUCAACUAUCAUGUCUGGGCUACCAAAAUUCUUUUGGGUCUUCGUGCUAUGAAUAAUGGUGUCCACCUUUAUGUCGAAGCUGGUACUGUCAAUCCAGCUGCCAAUGAAUCCCUUGAAGACCUCACCGCCUCGCUUGAUACCGUCGUCCAUGAUGUCAUCCUCAACAAUAUUUCUCCUGAGUUGAUCGAACAUGUUAAUGAUGUGGCCAUUAGAGGCCGUGACCUCUGGCUUUACCUUCAUCAGGAGUAUAGUCAACUCCAACCCGCCGAUGUCAUCUCACUUAUGAAAUCCCUCUAUGCUGGCAAUAUUGAUGUUGGUCCAAAGUUUGUUUCUUCUGUUCGCUCUUAUGUUGCUACCUGGCGUUCCAUCUACCAAUCAUUGUCGCCUGAUUCGGUCGUGGCCUUCAACGCUUUGGCUUCAAUGGGUCCCAAUUGUGAGCGCUUCAUCCAGUAUGCCUUGGAGCACCGCUUUGAUAGUAACAACAAUACUGACAACCUUGAUAUUAACAACUUCAUCCGGAACACUGAUAAAUGGGCCAAGUUGUUGAAGAUUACUGGACCUCCAGCUACUCUUUCGACUGAAGCGUUCGUUGCUUCAUCAAAGAAGUACAAUAACAAAUCUAAGGGUGAUGGUAUUAAAUGUUUCCGUUGUAAGAGGCGUGGUCAUACUUCCAACAAUUGUCAUGUCUCUUGGGAAGAGGUUCAGGCUGCUCGCCAAGAUAAUAAGGAUGACAAGGAAUCUAAGGAGGCUAAAACCUCAAGAGGUUGGUUUGCUGAGACUAUUGAUGAAUUUUCUGAGAUAGUUGAUGAUGAUCCAUUUGUGAGUUCCGCUUUUGUGUCCGAGACAUCUGUUGUUUCUGAAAAGUUUGGUAACAGUUGCUCCGAGUCGUUUGAUGAUUUGGAAUCCGAACUUUUUGAUUCUUCUGAGCCGUGUGUCGGCGAUGAAGAUUGUUUUGUUGGUCAAGUUUCUGAGUAUUGUUCAAACUCAGGACUUGAUAUUGAUUCAGUUGGUAAACCGUUUGUUGGUUCCACUGAUGAUUCUUGUUUUAUUUCUGAACCGUAUGUCGGUUCUACUGUUGUUUGUUUGGAGUCUGAACCGUGUGUCAGUUCAGCUCCUAUUUGUUUUGAUUCUGAAUCGUUGGUCGAUUCGGAUAUUGUUCCUUUUGAUUCUGAACCGUUGGUCGGUUCUUCUUUUAUUUCUUGUUCUGAUUCUGAACCGUUGGUCGUACAUCACGUUUUUGUUGCUGAAUCUACUACUUCUGCUGAGGCCAACUUAGUUGUUGGGACUGAUUCUUUUGACUUUAUCCAUGAUACCGGUGCUACCAGUCACAUUUGCAAUAACAUCUCAUAUUUUUCUUCUCUUCGUCCCACUUCGGCUACCAUUCGUGGUCUUGGUUCUGCUACUGCUGAGGGGGUUGGCGACAUUGUCGUUGAUCUUCUUGGUAAAGAUGACCAGCCUUGUGACCGCGUUGUUCUUCGAGAUGUUUUAUAUGUUCCUAAGAUUCCUCGCAAUUUAUUUGCUGCUCGUCGAGCUACUGCUGGUGGUUGUCGGUUCAUUCAAGACCUUAACCAUAUUUCUGCUGUUGAAAAUGGCAAAACUCGAGUCCACGCCAUUGCCAUGGGUGACUUGUACUUUUGUCGUUUCCGAGUUGUUUUGCCUUCCAAGCCUGUCCAUGAGGUGUUUGCUGUUGAGUCGUCUGCCAAUCUUUGGCACAAGCGACUUGGUCACGCCAGUGUGGACGUUCUCAAGAAAUUAUCUAAGUCACUUUCUGUCAAGCCUACUCAUUUUGAGGUUGUGGAUAGUCAUAAGUGUGACGCUUGCUUGGGUGGCAAAGCCACAGCAUUGCCAUUUAAUGGUACCACAGAAAAAGCUAGUCGUCCUUUGGAAUUAUUUGUUUCUGAUUUGAGCGGUCCUCAUGUCGCUACCCCUGUGGGUCAUCGUUAUGUCUUAACCAUUAUGGAUUAUUAUUCCAGGUACUCUUAUGUGGAGUUGUUGGUUAGGAAAAGUGAUGCAAGUCUUGCCAUUCGUAACUUUAUUGCUAGGUGUGAAUCUUAUUUUUCUGGUGAUUCUGCUGGUGAUCGAGUUGCAUAUUUUCAUUCCGAUAAUGGCGGCGAAUACAUUUCCAAAGACCUGGAGCAGUUCUUUGUGUCUAAGGGUAUCAAGCAUACUUAUACAGUUCCUCAUACUCCUCAACAAAAUGGUGUUGCUGAGCGAUUGAAUCGCACAUUAUUUGAGAAAGCCAAGUCUAUGCUUUUAUAUGCUCAUGCUCCUGAGUAUUUAUGGGGUGAAGCUGUCAAGUCUGCUAAUUAUAUUAGGAACCGUCUUCCUAGUCGUACCACUGGUGGUGUUGCACCUCUUCAACUUUGGACUGGUAAACCUCCUAGUUAUCACCAUAUGAAAGUAUUUGGUUGUCAAGCUACAGUUGUUCUUCCUGGUGCUAAAAGAGAAUCUAAGUUAAGUUCAAAUACUGAAGCUGGUGUUUUUGUUGGGUAUUCUUUGGAUCGUACAGCUUAUCGAGUUCUUCUUGAUUCAAGCAUUGUUGAAGCCAGGAGUGUUUACUUUGAUGAGUCCAAGUUUCCAUUUAUGAAAAGUGAUAAGGACUUGUCUAUUAAUGGUACUGGUGUUGGGUUUAGUGUUGGUUCUGGUUCAGGGUCCAUGUCAGGACCUUGUUUUGAUUCUAAGGGGACUGGUUUAGGAUCUAAUGUUAGGGUUAAUUCUAUUGCUAGUUCUGAUUUAAGUUCUGGUUCUAGUUUUGGGUCUCAUAGAUCUUUACCAGCAUCCUCAUCUGGUUCUGGUUCUGGUUCUGGUUCUAUGUGUGCUUUACCGUCUCCGUCUCCGUCUUCUUCUCCGUCUCAUUCUCCGUCGCCGCCUCCUUCUUCUUCUUCUUCUAUUAUUGUUCAUAAGCCUCGUUCUGUUCGUCGCAUUUUGUCUACACCUUCUGCUCCUCUUGAGUCUCCUACUCUUCCUUCUAUUCCUUCUGUUCCAUCUCUUCCUAGUUCUCCUAUUCUUCCACCUUCAGAUCAUGAAGUCUCUAUCUCUCCUGACUCUAGUCCUAUUAUUUCUUCUUCGGAAUAUAUUCCUUCACAAUUAGACUUAUCUGAAGCUGGUCCAUCUAUUAAUGAAUCUGAUAUUUCAGGUGAUUCUGGGAUCUCGCAACGAGGGGGUGAUAUUGGGUUUCAACCGUCUAUCAUUGCUUCGUCUCCCACUCCACCACCUUCUGUUGAAUUGGAAGUAGUGCCACUUAGUCAAGAAUCUCCUUCGUCUGAUCUUGUUAAUUCUCUUGACCAAGCUGGUGUUAGUGUUGUCACUAAGGAUGAUACUCAAGCUGUUUUGCCUAAAUCUCGAUCUCGUGUUGUUGCUGUUCGUUUACCUUCUAUAACUCCUGCCAAACGCCCGAGUUCUGAUGACAUUGUUUCACCUCCUUCUAAACACCUUUGUGAAAAUUCUUUGAAACAAUCUCCAGUGUCUGCAACACCUGCAAAACGUCCAGCUGAAGAAGAGUGUAUUUCUUAUCGUCGUCUCAAAUCUCUCCGCUUUGAGUAUGAUGAUGUGGCUUUACUUGUUUUUACAGAUCCUAGUAGUUUUGAAGAAGCUAUGUCUAGUGAAGAAGCUGAGUUUUGGCUUGAAGCCUGUGUUAUUGAAAUGUCGUCUCUUAAACGCAAUGGUACUUGGGAAUUGGUUGAUCUCCCACCUGGUCGCAAGGCUAUCAAUAGCAAAUGGGUGUUUAAAGUUAAGCGCAAAGCUGACGGUUCAAUUGAACGUUACAAAGCCCGUCUCGUGUGUAUUGGAUUUUCGCAAGUUGAAGGUAUUGAUUAUACUGAAACUUUUGCUCCCGUUGUUCGUUACGAGACUGUGAGGAUUGUUCUUGCUAUUGCUGCUCAGUUUGGGUUUCAGGUUCAUCAUAUGGAUGUCGAGACUGCAUUUCUUAAUGGUGAUCUCAAAGAAGAUAUUUAUAUGAGACAACCUAAAGGCUUUGUUGUCAAAGGUCAGGAAUCUAAAAAGAUUCAUGGUGCUCUUGUCAAACUUGGGUUUAUUCGUAAUGAAAGUGACUACGGUGUGUAUACCAAAGGAUCUGGGUCUACCAUGGUCAUUAUUGCACUGUAUGUUGAUGAUUUACUUAUUUCUGGCAAUUCUUCUGAGGUCAUUGCCAAAACCAAGUCUUCUUUGUCAUCUAUGUUUAAGAUGAAAGACUUGGGCCCAGUCGAGCAGUUCCUUGGCAUGAGAGUUAAGCAGUCACCUUACCAUAUUACUGUGGAUGUUUCACGUUAUAUUUUUGAUAUGUUGGAGGAGUUUGGUAUGCAGAAUUGUUCAAGUGUCAAGACUCCUUUACCCACUCGUGAUCUUUCUGAUUUUUCCGAGUCUGACUCUGCUACCGAUGCCUCCAUGUAUCGCAGUAUUAUUGGUAAGCUGAUUUAUGCUGCUAAUUGUGCUCGUCCUGAUCUUGCUGUUGCUGUUAGCUUUCUUUGUCGAUAUAUGCAGAGUCCUAAGUCUAUUCAUAUGGAAGCUGCUAAGCAUACUCUUCGUUAUCUUAAGGGUACUGCUGAACUUGGUCUUGAAUAUCGAGCUCAGAAAGUCUACAAGCUUGUUGGCUAUAGUGAUGCCGAUUAUGCACAGGACAAGCAGGACCGUAAGUCCUUUACUGGGUAUGUUUUUAUUCUGUCUGGUGGUCCCAUUACUUGGGCUUGUCGAAAGCAAGUUAGUCCUGCAUCGUCCAGCGUCGAGUCUGAGUACAUGUCAUUGUCUGAUGCGUCUAAGGAAUGCUUCUGGAUUAAUCAGUUGUUGUCUCUUUGCAAGAUUCCUGUUCCGUUGCCAGUGACUAUGUUUGAGGACAAUCAGGGAUGUAUUGCUUUGGCUCAGAACCCAGUGUUUCAUCGUCGCACCAAGCAUAUUGAUGUUCGGUAUCAUGUUGUGCGUCACUAUAUUCGCAGUGGAGUGAUUCAUCUGGAGUAUCUUGAUACUCAAGUGAUGUUGGCAGAUAUGUUUACUAAGAAUCUUGGUCGUGUGAAGUUUGAGACAUUGAGGGGACUACUUGGUAUGAAGGCAGUAGGUGAUUCUGCGACAAGGGGAGGUGUUGAGCAUGCAAUGUUGUCGCAGACUAGUGCAGUUGAUAAUGCACGUGAGUUUGGGUGGGAAACUAUGGUUGAUAACCUAUGUUUAUUUUAG